AUGCCUAGCAAACAAACCCCGACAUCACCAAAAGCGACCUCGAAAUUUCGACACAUUUUCGGGCAAACUUUCUCGAAACAAGAGUCAUAUGAUUGGGGAACGGCAAGGUGUCACACGCUGGCAGUGAAUCCGCGCUUCGUGACGGCGAGUCUCGACGGACCGUCGGCCGGGUGCAUUCUAGUGUCUCGGAUUCAAGAUUGCGGAAAAUUUUCUCAAACGAUUCGCUUAUCCGAGCACAAGUCAACGGUGCUCGAUCUGAAAUGGAAUCCGUUUAACGACAACAUUCUUGCGUCAGCAUCAGCUGAUAAUACAGUCAAGAUCUGGCACAUAAAGAAUGAUGGAAGUGGGCAUGUGGUUCGAACAUUGGCAGCAAACACGAGAAGGGUUGAACAAAUCGAAUGGCAUCCAACUGUCGACGAUGUUCUCUUGAUAAUGGGCGCUGAUUCAAAGAUCAUUUUAUGGGAUGCAGCGGGCGAUAAGUUGAUAUUUGAGAUCGAUGAUUACCUUGCUUCUUGUGUGGCCUUUUCCCCAAACGCUUCUCUUUUUGCGGCCACUGCCAAAAAUAAGCAUCGAGUCACGAUUUUCGACUCUCGUACGGGGAACGCGAUGAAGAGCACAAGUCUACCGCAUGAAGGAAACGCUUCGCUAAAGGUACUUUUCUCCUCGCAAACACGAAUCCUCACGUUUGGCACGACGAAAGCGAAUCGACGACAAUUUGCCAUAUUUAGCCUUUCCUCAUUCAAUUCCCCACUUUGCGUUGUGGACAUCGAUGGUUCUUCGGGUCUUUUAAUGCCGGUUUUCGACAACGAUCUCAACAUACUUUUUGUUACGGGAAAAGGUGACACAGUAAUUCGUUUCUACGAGCUUCUCGAUCAACCGCCAUGGUCGAUUUAUCUCAACGAAACUUGUCAACAUUUGCCUCAUACAGCGAUCGCUCAUGUGCCAAAGAGGGCGUUAAACUUUUCAAUUUGUGAAAUUUUCCGUUUUUAUCGUCUUCAUCCCGAAUUUUCGAGUGUCAUCCCGUUGAGUGUAAUCGCGCCGAAAAGAAGUGAAUGCGCCUUUCACAGUGAUCUUUUUCCUCAAUCGAAAGCCCCAACUCCAGCUUUAUCAUUGGCUGAAUGGAGAGCCGGUCUCGAUCUACCACCUGUACUCAUUCAAUUGAGAGUUGGCAUGCCGGUGACAACGAGUAAACCCGUUCAUCUAAAGGGACGUGGAGAAUUGAUCACCGCCGAUGUAAACAAUGAUCGAAAAUUUCGUUUUCUUUCACUCGUAACAAAACCCGAUUAUCGAACGGUACCAGAAAGAGAAGAUUGUGAUGAUAUCAUGAAAUUGGAAGAAGUCAAGAAUAAACUAGCGAACAGUCAAGCGAAUAGUUUCUCAUCAAACGAGCGUUGCAGUGAAGAGGAAUUCGAUGUGACAACGGCUUCACAGCUUUCUCUUGAUUCAAAAGCUCGAUCAACAUCGGAAAUCGAAAAUCAAAAAGAAUCCUUUUCGAAAGAGAACAAUCCACCAAAUUCGAGUCUUAAGCGUUUAUUGCUUGGCUCGAAUCCUUCAAUUGCUUCAGCUCCAGCAGAAAUCGAGAAAAAUGAGGGAAAUUUGAUGGACGAUGACCCGGCCACAGAGCCAAUCGUUUCCCCAUCGUACAGAGAAAGAGGACAAUCGGCUCCUCUCGCCCAACUGGAGGACGCCACUUCUCCAGAGGAUCCGCACUUUACUCGAGAAAAAGCGCUUCUCCAACGAGAGUUCUCGAGUCCAGCUAUGCCGUUCUCCGAGACUGAGAUCUUCGCGGAGUUAGGUAGUCAAAUGGACAAGGAAAUGCUCGAAGAAGCGGCAAGAGAACGAUCAGAAGAGACGACGAUUGAUAAAGAAGCCACGCCGAAAGCACAAGAGAUUAAUGAAGCUGGGAAAAAGAAAAACGAGGAGGAAAAGGAAAAGGAAAAGAUUCAUUUACAGCCAUCAUCCCAUUUGCACGUGUCAGCGAGUGCGCGAGAGCUCCGCUCGACAAGUCCACGCGAUUUUCGCCAAGCGACAAGCCCGUGUCGAUCCGAGACGGGCACUCUGUCCCGACCGGGCACAAUCUCGCCUCGACUUCCGCAAACGGUUCUCCCCCGGCCAGCACAGGGCUAUGAGACACCAAAAUGGGCUCAGAAACCCGGGAAACAACCAAAAUUCGCGCAUCGAUGCGUCGAUCUCGACGCAACUCUUGAUGACGCGGACAAUGGAAAUUCGUCGACAAGCUCCUUUCAACAACUCUCAAGCAGUGUCGAGGGCGGAGGAACGAAUCUCUUUGAAUCGAGCCUUGUCAUGUUGGAAAAAUCAUUGAGAAAGAGUGAUGCAAGAAAUAGUCAAUUGGAGAGACUCGUUCAAUUACAACAGCAAGAUAUCGAAUCUCUCCGUUUCGAGAUUGAGUGGAAAGACGAGCGAAUCGCCUAUCUGCAAGCUGAAUUAAUGAGACUAGAGGCCCAGUUACCCGUUGAAGCCACAACCGAGCUUGAAGCCGUCACCCCUGAU